AGUCAAAUCAUUAGCUUCAAGAAUUGACCUCCCGAAGAUAUUUGUCUCAACACUCCCGUUAUUCAUUAAAAUCUUCUUCCCGCUCAUUUUGAAGAGAAAUUUCCCAGAGAUUCCUGUGUGUGGUCUUCUUCUAGGGUUUUGGCUCGUCUCCUCCAAGCCGUUACCGACCCCCUCUCUCUGAUGCUCUUCGCCUCUUAAACCUCCCAAAAUGAGUGCUCCGAGUCCAAUGGAGAUCUACGUGCAAAACCCCCAACACGCCGACAUCCCAGACCAAAACGGCGUCGUCCAAGUCGUCGCUUCAACUCCUUCUCCUAUCAUUCUCCAGGACAAAGUCCUCGUUUCAGUUGAGGUUUGCCUCAAGCCGUCGAGCACUGCUCGGAUUGACGAUGUGCGGUCAGCUGUUGAGAGAAUGCUUGAGAAGAGGAGUUUGAGCUAUACUGAUGGACCUGUGCCGGUGCCGUCUGAUGAUCUGUUCCUGACUCAAAAUGUGGAAAGAAUCUGUAUUUGUGACACCGAUGAGUGGCUGCAGAAUCAUGACAUCCUUUUGUUCUGGCAAGCGAGACCUGUUGUGCAUGUGUUUCAGCUUAGCGAAGAGGGAGCAUGUGAGGAUGUAAGUGGGGAAGGACAAUCUUCUACCUUCAAUGAAUGGAUUCUUCCAGCAAAGGAAUUCGAUGGCAUGUGGGAAAGCUUAAUAUAUGAAUCUGGGCUGAAGCAAAGGUUGCUUCGGUACGCGGCUAGUGCAUUACAUUUUACUGAAAAGGGUGUUAAUCCUUUCCUUGUGUCAUGGAAUCGCAUUGUUCUUUUACAUGGGCCUCCAGGGACUGGAAAAACCUCUUUAUGUAAAGCAUUGGCUCAGAAGCUAUCCAUCCGAUUUAACUCCAGAUACCCGCAGUCCCAAUUGAUUGAAGUUAAUGCACAUUCUCUAUUCAGCAAAUGGUUCUCUGAAAGUGGCAAGUUGGUUGCAAAGCUUUUCCAAAAAAUUCAAGAGAUGGUAGAGGAGGAAACCAAUCUGGUAUUUGUUUUGAUUGAUGAAGUUGAAAGCCUUGCUGCUGCGAGAAAAUCUGCUUUAUCUGGUUCUGAACCUUCAGAUUCUAUUCGGGUGGUGAAUGCGCUACUAACUCAGCUGGACAAACUGAAAUCAUCACCAAAUGUGAUAAUUUUAACAACAUCCAACAUAACUGCUGCUAUUGAUAUCGCAUUUGUCGAUCGAGCUGAUAUAAAAGCAUAUGUUGGUCCCCCAACUCUGCAAGCGCGUUAUGAAAUCCUAAGGUCCUGCUUGCUGGAACUCAUACGAACGGGAAUUUUAUCAAAUUUUGAGGGUUGUGAAAGCCUCAUGCUUCCUAACUAUGCUAGCUUGAAAGAGAGAUUGAAUAUGCCUCAGAUUCAUGAUACCCAGACACCACUACACUUGUGUAGGCAGUUGCUUGAAACUGCAGAAGCGUGUGAGGGAUUAAGUGGACGAUCUCUAAGAAAGCUUCCAUUCUUAGCGCAUGCAGCUCUUUCAAAUCCUUACAGUUGUGACCCUAGCAAGUUCUUGUGCGCAAUGACAGAUACAGCAAGGAGGGAGCGUUCUGAGCUACCUGAUUGAAUUGGCUAGCUUUCUUUCACAGCUUUGUAAACAAUGAAUUUUUACGCCAACUCCUCCAAAUCUAAUUCAUUUCAAUGCAUUAACAGCU